UUCUUUAUGACAUGCGUGACUUCUUUAUGACUGGAAUGUUUGUUUGGAAUUUGCCCAGUGUUUCACUAACUGGCUGCAUUCGUUCUUUCAUUACGGCAGAACAUCACCCAGAUUUUAUUUUUUUGCAGUAAACAGGCUGGAGUUGGGUUCCCACUCCUUUAUUAACUUUAAACUCAAGGACCUUUCAAGGACAUUCCAGGUCCAAUACCCUCAAGGACUUACUGUGGAGACACAUUAAGUGAGAGCAAGGUGUUAUCUUUCACCAUAGCCACCAGAUCCAGUCUGUAUCCAGAUCAGAGGGUCACUGCAGUCACCCGGAUCCAGACCAGAUGGUGGAUCAGCACCUAGAAAGGAUGUCUACAGCCCUGAAAGGCAGCAGAGACCAGGACAACUAGAGCCCCAGACACAGUUCUCCUGUAAAGACCUUGUCUCGGACGACCACCGGGACAAGACCACGGGAAAAAGAUGAUUCUUCUGCACAAUCUGACUUUGCUGCAACCUGUAGGUGUCCAGUAAGACACUGCGGAGCCUUCAAUCCAAAACAUCAGAAGGAGGAAGUUUGGAGGUCAUCACCGCUGUGUUCGUGCUUUUUAUAAUGGCCAAACAUCACCCAGAUUUGAUUUUUUGCAGGAAACAGGCUGGAGUUGCCACUGGUAGACUAUGUGAAAAAUGUGAUGGCAGAUGCGUUAUCUGUGACUCUUUUGUCAGGCCUUGUACACUAGUUCGUAUUUGUGACGAGUGCAACUAUGGGUCUUACCAAGGGCGCUGUGUCAUUUGUGGAGGUCCUGGAGUAUCUAACGCAUACUACUGCAAGGAGUGCACCAUCCUGGAGAAAGAUAGGGAUGGCUGCCCCAAGAUUGUAAACCUCGGCAGCUCCAAGACUGACCUUUUCUAUGAGAGAAAAAAAUAUGGCUUCAAGAAGAGGUGAAGAAACAAAGGGAUUUUCUUUGUCACAGUUGUUCCAUGCAAGAGUUUUCCGUUUUGUUAUCACGUUGUUCCAAUCAAUUUUUUAAUGCUGUGAUGUUGAUUAUGCUGCUUUGUUUGAUUUUGAUACUCAUAAUACUGCUUACUUAUAACCUGCAGGCUAGUAUUCACCUAGCUAUUGACAACCUUUAAUUUUUUUCAUUGUUAGAUGAUUAGAUACUUGUAAGAAUUAAUAUUUUAAUUCUAGCAACCUUUGGACUUAGCAGCUGGAAAUUUUAUAGAGAUAUCAAGAUGAGAGCCCUGGGCUUAUUUAUAAUUAAAAUUUCAGCAUUAUGAAUCAAGAUGUUCUGGGUAUAAUUUUUUGGCUACACAAACUAUAUCCAAUGUUUAAUUCAAUGUAGCUCUUGUGGCUUCCCUCAGGAACACAAUGUCACAGAAAAGACAUUCCAAAUAUAGAUUUUACUAGAAUAAACACAAUCUUCUUAUUGUCUUUCCUUAAACACAUUAUUGUAUCAGCAAAAUCCAAUAUUUAUCAAUCCUCAAAUUCAUAUGUAUCAACAUAAACCAGCUCCAACAUUGCAUGAAACUGCAUUUGCAACGAUUUGCUUUUAAAUGUGUGCAUUUGCCCGUAUAAGUAAAGGAAUCUGUGAUAUGUGAUUUGAGAUUGUAUAGGUUUGCUAGGCAUAUGCUGGUCAAAACCUUUUGGGAAUUGUAUUUCGAUAAAUAUAAGGUAAUCUUAAAUGGAGUAUAAUCGCUUCUGAAGAGAACCACCAUGAAUGGCAGCAUUAUUUUUCAGCCUGGAGUUUAUUUGGUUCAGUUAAGUAUAUCUGCAUAUCACACUGCCUUCUUUAGCCCCGCCCUCUUUGUGUUAUGCAACUUUUUUUUUUUUUUUUGCAUCUGUCUGUUACACAAUGCUCCUCUUUCAUCUGAAAUUUGAGAUUCAAUUAGUCAUAAUUCUCUGAGGCAUCA